AUGUCUUCCAUGCUCUCUUUUCAAAUUCGUCAACAAGCGCAACAACAACAGCAGCAGAAGCAGCAAGAAAAGGCCAGCAAUGCCGGUGGUCUUCCCUCUCCUCCAAAUUCAUUUUGCGGUGAAGAAACUGCCACUACCACAACAACAACCAUCCAUGAAAAGCCUGCUUUUCUGGCCCAAACUCGUAGAGAUUCCCUUCAAACCGUAUUCAAUGAUAUGCACAUCAAAGACUACUCAACAUCGCUACCAGAGAAUUACACAAUCGAUCAUUCCAGCAGCAGUGUGCCAAGAAAGCAUCUUGCGCCUACCAUGGCUGGUACUGCUACUGCCACUGCAGCAGCUACAGGUGGACUCACGAUACGUAAUAGCAAUCGCAGGCCCUCCGAUAUAAUGGCCAGCAAUAGCAGCAGCAGUCUGGGCAUGGGUGGUAGAAGAAAAAGCAGCGCUAGCCGUGGUCUCUCUGAAUCUUUCAGCGGUCAAUAUAGAUGUACCGAUUGUGGAAAAUCCUAUAAGCAUCCAAAUUGCUUACAAAAGCAUCGUUGGGAGCAUUCGGAAGAAUGGGAAUUGACCAAGAAGCUGCCUUUGACCAAACAUCAACAAGUGCAAAUGCUUGAAGCUGCUGCCAUCUUGAUUGGUAUGGAUCGCAUUAGAUCAGACGUAAAGAAGGAGGAAAAGCAAGAAGACGAGGAGGAGGAGGAGGAGGAGGAGGAUAUUGUCGUUGAAGAAGAAGAAGAAGAAGAGGAAAUAGAUCUUGACGACAUUGGAGAGAAUGACAGAAAGGAAACAUUAGCAAAAGACGACGAUGAUGAUGAGUCUAUCAUUAUCGACGACGAUGACUCCAUUUUCAUGGAAGAUCUUUAG